AGAGAAGUGGGUUUCCAUUGUUUCCAAAGGCUUUGUUUCCACGGUGUUACUGCCGAUCAUAGCAGUGAUCAUAAAAGUCCGGUUUUGAUUAGAUCAAAUUGUCGAGAGACGCUUGAGGUUCAGAAUUGGGUUAGAAUAAUACUUUGAUUGUGCUAUGACGUCUCUGGUGUCUAGUUCUAUCGACCAAUAUCAUCUGCAUUUCUUAUUUGAUUCCGAACACUUAACAAAGCUACAGCUAGACUGAGAAAAGUGCUUUGUAUUUUGAGUUUAACAUGUAUUUAGACCGACCCAGAUUGUUGUAUCCCAUAUAUACCAAUGCCAUGGUUCCAGGAACAAGAAAGCAAAGUCUGUAAAGAGGGUGAGACACCAUUUCUUUUAAGCGCCCGCAAAUACAGUAGCAGCUAAGACGGAGACUGCAGCAGAGAAGAAUGGGCAAUAGUCGAAUUAUUCAAUCUCUGUUACAAAGCUCGCGAAGGCCUCACUUAGGAUUCGCUGCUUCACGUUUCUCUGCAACGAGUCUCUCUCCUUUACCUCUCCCCACCGCCCUCAACCCUUCCUUUUCUUCUUCUUCUUCUCGUUUUGCUGUUGCUUCUUCUCUACGACUAGAACCCAUUUCCUCUUUCUCUUCCUCCUUUACUCACCGUCAGUUAAGCAGCACCGCUUCCACCCACACCAAACACGAAAACCACCAAGAAGAAGAAGAAGAAGACCCACUUUUAUAUGAAAUAACUGAAGAUGAUGGGGAAACCACAGAUGGGUGGGAAGAAGAGGAUGAUGACGUCCAGCCCAAGAUUGGUGAUGGAGGGGAUGGAGGUGGAGUUGUACUGCAAGGUGUUCCUUGGGGUGAAUCUGCUCUCUCUAUUGCCCAUGAUGUCCUAAAGCUCUUCAGUGAUGACAUUAUAAUUUUUGCUUUCAAGGCUACUCCUCGUGGAUACAUUUAUGUCAGACUAGACAAAUUGUCAAAUGAAUAUGGUUGUCCCAGCAUGGAGGAGCUGGAGAGCUAUAGUCAAGAAUACAAGAAAAGGUUAGAUGAAGCAGGAGAACGGAGAGAAAUACCUGAUGAUUUGGCUCUUGAGGUAUCAUCCCCUGGUGCAGAGAGAAUACUAAAGGUACCAGAUGAUUUAGAUCGGUUCAAAGAUAUGGCUAUGAGAGUUUGUUAUAUUGAAGAUGGAGAGUCUAAUUGUGCUGAAAAGAGUGGAGUUUUCAUACUGGAUUCCAUUGAAACAGAGCAAGAGAACUGCAUAUGGAAGUUGGCAGAUGUGAAGGAGAACAGGGACCCCAACAGCAAGGGUAGACCAUUUAGUCGUAAACAGAGGGAUUGGAGAUUAAAACUGCCUUUUGACAAGCAUAGGAUGAUAAUGCUGCACCUUGAAUACUGAAAAGCAACGGGUGGAAAGUUUUAGGAAGCAAGAUGCUUGAGUUUUGAUUUAGUUUUAUUCAUAAGGCUUCCUGUAUGAAAAGUGAAAAUUUCGGUAUUAUUGGUGUCUUCCACAUACAACCUAUGUAAGCUUAAAAUACAUUUUACAGAUUACUAACAGCAAUAAUAGCUUUAUUCCAUUGGAUCACUUUCUUUGUCCCCCAUCCAUCUUAAAGUAGUUUCCAUGGUGUACCUGGUAGGCUUAGACAAUUAGGUAGCUUUUCACUUUCUUACCUACUUUAUCUUUGGUUGUUUAAUUUGAGCAAUUGGCAUGAAUUCUUCUAUGUUCUAGGCUCAUUGUAUAUCAUUGUAAACUUUUCUCCUCAUUCCUUUGUCACUUUUCUUGCAUUCUCACAGAACUCUCAUGAACUCUUGCCUCUUUGUCUCUUUUAGAGCUUGUAUCCAUAGCUACUCAUAAGCUUUUUACCCAUGGUUCUGUCUAGGGCUGACUGGUUGGUUCCCACUCAGACUCUUGCUUGCAGCUCUUUGCUAUUCAAACUAACACAAUUGAUCAAUGUCCUGCAUCUCAACCACAUGGAAUAUUAUGGUCUACCAACUUCUUACCUCUUACCAAAACUGUUAGUAGGACAAUUCAUUUCUUCCAUUUCCAUCUUCUAUGUUUAGUUGUAUGGAACUGCAGAAGCCUCUGGCAUGCUGGAUUUGACUUUUGAGUAUUACAAAAUCAUCAAAAGAGAUCCUAAUCUAGUGUCAAUUUGUGAAAGUUUUGAUUUUGAAGCCCUAAAGUUGGAAGAUCGAACAUAAGCUAGAGCCUAGGCCGACGACUGACCAUUUCUCUGGUGACAAUUACUUCAGCCGCUUGUGGUCCCUCGGCCUAGUCCCAG